CAAUCCCAGCAUAAGGAAUUUUGGUCGAGUCCAGAAUGACACCACCAACAUCCUCAGCUUCGCGUUUUGUCACUCUUUUAUGGAAAGUCUUCAAUUUUGUUCUCCUAUUUAUAUCACUUAUAGUUCUUACCACCAAUACAGCAACGGCAUAUACCGAAGUUCUAACGUUCAAAGUACGCUUUAAUGAUAUUUAUGCCUGCAGGUAUAUGCUUGCUACGAAUGUCAUUGGAUUCGCAUAUUCCCUCUUACAAAUUGCAUUCUCAAUUUUUCAUAUUAUAAUGGGAAAUCAUUUAAUAAGCGGGGAUGGCGGUGCUCUACUUGACUUCUAUGGUGAUAAGGUUAUUUCGUACCUAUUAGCCACAGGUGCUGCUGCAGGAUUUGGAGUUACAGUAGAUUUGAAGGCAACAUUUGAUGUAUUUGGGCUAUUUAUUGACAAAUCUUUUUAUGAGAAGGCAUAUGCAUCAGCUAGCCUCCUCCUCCUUGCCUUCGUGUGCACUGCUAUAUUAUCAGUUAUAUCUUCGUAUGCAGUUCCAAAGAAAGUUUGAUUGUCAUGGAGAAAGCGAUUUCAAUCAAAGCUUAUUGCUCGAAGUUUCUUUUUUCUUUUCUAUGAUUUUGAUUUAUGCACAUUUUCAAUUUUCUUUGUGGUUUUUUAAAGUUGGGGCAUUUGAAUUAAUGAUUAGCCCCCUGGCAUGUAGUGAUAAUUUCUCUCUUUGAUGUGAAAUUUCCACCAUUUCGAAUUGUAAUUUGCUGGUUGACUAAUACAAUUUUCAUGCACUAUUCAAUUGA